GACGUGGCCCCUCUUCCCGGUUGUGGUGCCAGGUCUCCUCGGCUCGGGGCUCCUCCAGUCACUGAACCUACCUGUGCCUAAAUAUAUCAUAUAUAUAAAAAACCCUAACCAUACCUGUGUUAGGAAACGAAGAGACGUUUUUUAGUCGUCCGGUGUGUUUUUAACGAGGUCGAACCAGCCGUUGACUGCUGCCGGCCAUGGAGACUCAUGGCAACUCGCACAAGAAACAGAAGCUGAGCAACGCCGCCGAGAGCUGGGGAAUGCAACGUGCAACUAACGUAACCUAUCAAGCUCAUCACGUAAGCCGGAACAAGCGAGGGCAGGUUGUGGGCACCAGAGGAGGAUUCAGAGGAUGCACCGUUUGGCUGACUGGUUUGUCGGGUGCAGGGAAGACCACAGUCAGCAUGGCUCUGGAGGAGUACCUUGUGUGUCACGGUAUUCCCUGCUACACCCUGGAUGGGGACAACAUCCGUCAGGGUUUGAACAAAAACCUUGGUUUCAGCCCAGAGGACCGUGAAGAGAACAUUAGGCGCAUUGCUGAGGUGGCCCGGCUUUUUGCUGAUGCAGGGCUGGUCUGCAUUGCCAGUUUCAUCUCUCCUUACAGUAGGGAUCGUCUCAAUGCCAGGAAGAUCCACGAGGCUGCAGGUUUACCUUUCUUUGAGGUGUUCGUUGAUGCCCCUCUUGACGUAUGUGAACAGAGGGACGUGAAGGGGCUGUACAAGAGAGCCCGAGCAGGGGAGAUAAGAGGUUUCACUGGUAUUGACUCAGAGUAUGAGAAGCCGGAGGCUCCAGAGCUGGUGCUGAAGACUGACUCCUGCAGUGUGAACGAGUGCAUACAACAGCUCGUUGAUCUACUUCAGGAGAGGGAUAUAGUUCCUGUUGAUGCCUCAUACGAAGUGAAAGAGCUGUACGUUCAGGAGAAUAAACUGGAUCUAGCCAAGGCGGAUGCAGAGACUCUUCCUGCUGUGCAGAUUGGGAAGGUGGACAUGCAGUGGGUGCAGGUGCUGGCUGAAGGCUGGGCAACUCCUCUGAAUGGCUUUAUGAGAGAGAGGGAGUUUCUGCAGUGUCUUCAUUUUGACUGUCUACUGGAUGGUGGUGUAAUCAACCUCUCGGUGCCUGUGGUACUGCCAGUGUCGACUGCAGAUAAGGAGCGUUUGGACGGUGUGACAGCCAUGGCCCUGGUGUACGAGGGCAGACGAGUGGCCAUCCUUCGUAACCCUGAGUUUUAUGAACACCGAAAAGAGGAGCGAUGCGCUCGACAAUGGGGCACCACCUGCAAGGACCACCCCUACAUCAAGAUGGUGAUGGAAAGUGGAGACUGGCUGGUUGGUGGAGACCUGCAGGUUCUGGACAGGAUCUAUUGGAACGAUGGACUCGACCAGUACCGACUGACACCCACUGAGCUGAAACAGAAGUUUAAAGAAAUGAAUGCAGAUGCCGUAUUUGCCUUCCAGCUCCGUAACCCAGUCCACAACGGCCACGCUCUUCUGAUGCAGGACACCCACAAGCGUCUCAUCGAGCGAGGUUACCGCCGGCCCGUUCUGCUGCUCCACCCACUGGGAGGCUGGACCAAAGACGAUGACGUGCCGCUGCCUUGGAGGAUGAAGCAGCACGCCGCCGUGCUGGAAGAGGGCGUCCUAAAUCCAGACUCGACCAUUGUUGCUAUUUUUCCUUCACCCAUGAUGUAUGCGGGGCCAACUGAGGUUCAGUGGCAUUGCAGAGCACGAAUGGUGGCUGGUGCCAAUUUCUAUAUUGUGGGUCGUGACCCUGCAGGCAUGCCGCAUCCUGACACAGGAAAGGACCUGUAUGAGCCCACUCAUGGAGCCAAGGUCCUCACCAUGGCUCCAGGCCUCAUCACGCUCGAAAUUGUGCCCUUUAAGGUUGCAGCUUACAACAAGGCUAAAAGAGCAAUGGACUUUUAUGACCCUAAAAACCAUCAAGAUUUUGAUUUCAUCUCGGGCACACGCAUGCGUAAGAUGGCCCGCGAGGGAGAGAACCCUCCAGACGGAUUCAUGGCACCGAAGGCCUGGGCUGUCUUGAAAGAAUACUAUAAGUCUCUGGAAAAGGCCUAAAGGUUGAGUCUCGGGUGAAUAAAACAUGGGAACACAGAGUUUCUACUGAUGUUUAAAGAGAUGAAUGUGGGGACCACUCACUUCUAUCAAAAAACCACGCUCGGGCCUCUGUCUCUGUCACUUUUAUGCUAAACUGUCAGUCAUGAAACUGGUCUCAGUUUUUAGUCUCGUCACAUUUGUUUUAGCUGUAUGUUGCUUUAUUUAACUAAACUUACUCUGACUGUGAAAUGUAGUAGGACAAGUCAGUACUGAACAAAGUUUUUUUCAAAGUAGGUGUUUGUCUUUCUCACUAACUUUAUGACUGUAUAUUGUGAUGACUGGUUACAAAAGUGUUGCAUAAAAGAAAAAGCUAAAGAUCAAGAAGUCUCAUAAUGACCUGUAUGAAGAGUACUGUUGACCAGUACUUUAAUAUUCUGGAGUGAAUGUUGGGUUUAAGAAGAGAAAAGGCUACUGCACCUGCUCAGUCCACUAAAUGCACUUCUGAAACUCAAACGAGUAGCUUUGUACUGUAUGUGUGCAAGUGGCUGAGGCAAAUGCUCCAAAUUUGAAGUAAAAGUUGAGUGCCUUGGUCUUCAGAAAGUCAAUUCACACGAUGUCUUGCUCUGAUUAGGAACUGCACCUGCUUUUUGUCCCACUUGUCAGGGAAUUAAAAUUCAAUUAAAGCUGUUUUUAUGAGAUGUACAACCCUAACCUUCCUAAACUUCAUUUCACACUUGUUACCAUUUUUUUUUGUUUAGUCUAUUUAUUCUGUCCUGACAUUGCCACAUUUAUCUUUUUAACUGUGUUGUGCAUGUAGUUUUGAUGCUUCAACAUCUUGGUAUUUUCUUAUUUUUUCAUCAUUUCUAUUUUUUUUCCCCUCUCGAGGGUUGCUGAUAUUUUCCAUGUGGUAAUUCAUUUUUAAGAGUCGGCCUGUAUAAUCAGAUGGUUGAGGGUUAGCAAGGGAUCAGAUUUGUAAUCUUCCUUCUCCAAUAAAUCAUUUUUAGAAAAAAAAGGACAA